CGAGUUUAAGCUAAACUUAAACUUUUAGGUUGAAGUUCAACUUAGGCACUUAGCUCGUUUUCCCCCCCUACUUCUAUAUCAGAUCGCGCCAUUUUCGCCGGAUUCCGCUGUGUGUUUGAAGGCAAUGAGCGAAAGUAUCGCAUGGAAUCUAUUGAACCAGCUGGAGUAUAUAUUGGAAUCCGAUCCGUUGAUUGAUGAAAUUGGAUUUAUCCAUCCUUCUCAAUUUGAUGUACUGAAUGAAGAAGUUGGCUGUACUCCCUGGACUGCUGAAUCCAUAUCUCAAUCAGCAGACAAUGCUAAUAUUUCUGGUAAGGUUCUUUGGAGCAGGGACCAUAAGUUGGGUAUCUCAACUACAGCUCUCCUUCCACUGUACAAAGCAGCUAAGCAUGUAUUCAUGGAUUCACUGAGACAGUAUAAGAUGCACACCAAAGUUAAAGAUGAAUGUGGUGAGGGCAAUGUGCCAAAGUGCCCCUCACCUUCUCUUACUAUUCUUGAAAAAGAAGUGAUGAAGCAUAGCAAAACAAUUUUGCUUCUAUGCUGUGAUUUUGGUACUGCAUGGAAUUUCAGGAAGCUACUUCUUUCAGAGCAGCAGGAGUACUCAAUGUUCAUGGAAGAACUAGUUUUGUCAGAUCUUGUUCUCUCAUAUUCACCUAAAAGUGAACGAGCAUGGAGUCACAGGAGGUGGGUGAUCAAGAUGAUUGCUGGAAAGUGUUCAAAUCUUCAAGAGAUAGUGGACAGAGAAUCUGAGUUUGUUAAAAAACUAGCUGAGAGAUCAAAAAUGAACUACCGUGCAUGGAAUCAUCGUUGCUGGUUAGUAGCAUACAUGCCAGUAGGACAAAUGUUCCAUGAGUUGAACAAGUCUCGAGAGUGGGCUGUACUUAAUGUUGCUGAUAACUCCUGCUUUCAUUAUCGCACUAGGUUAAUGCUCGGGAUAUUAGAAGCUUUCCUGAACAAAGAUCAAAAUGGAUUUUCUGGCGAAGAACUUGAUGAGAUGUGGAAGGAUGAGCUUGAUUGGGAUGAGAAGUUGAUAAAGCUCUAUGUGGGUAGAGAGGCUUUGUGGCUUCACCGUCGCUUCCUUGCAUCAUGUUGGCUAAAGCAUUUUGCUAGUAGCAGCGCAUACGAAAUUGACCGGUUCAUUGAUAAUGAAUUACAACUUUUCAAUUCAUGUGCAACAAUAAUUGAUAGUCACUUCGAUGACUAUCAAGCUCAGGCAACAUAUGCUGCUACUUAUAUUAUGUGGCUUACGAAGCAAAUACAAGUGGAGUCACUGGGGAUUGAGUUUGAAAGGAAGCUACAAGUAAGUGGACUGAAGACAUUGCUGAAUAACGCAUGCCCUCAGAAGGCUUUCCUUUGGGACUCUUUGCUUCAGUUGUGCGGAUCUGAAUAGCUUUCAACUAGAAGAAAUCACGAAAGCAUAAUGUUUACCAAACUCUUCCCUUCUGGAGGUCAGGAAACGACACAAUCCCUCAUUUGUUUGGAUUUUGGAAUAAUCUCAUGGAAACUCAAGAUGUCAUCAAAAGGAAUAGCAGAUGCCGUGUGGGGCUGGGAUGGUAACUCAAUACAAAUAUGGAAACAUAUAUGGCUACCAAAUAGGGAGAAAAGAGCAUUUGUUUGAAAUAAACUUGAGGGAUGGUAACUCAAUACAAAUAUGGAAACAUAUAUGGCUACCAAAUAGGGAGAAAAGAGCAUUUGUUUGAAAUAAA